CAUUUGAACCAUUUGAAGGUCACGAAGGCAUCGCUCAAAGGUCGUUCAUAUGUUGUAGUCCAACUACUGAAUGGAUGUUAAGUGACAAAAUAUUUUCUUUGACAACUUGGUUGUACAGUGACAAAUAGCUGGGUUUAUAGUUGGUUUUCCCUGAGUGAAUUUAAGAAUUUAUCUUGCUUCAUGCUUUUAGGUGUUUUGGGAUCAAACAAUACUCACCUAUGGUUGAUCAGACUGGCCUGGAUGUAUGGACUUUGGAAUCAGAGAUUCAACUUUUUCAUGCUAUAUUGAAUCACAAACCCGUUGGUGCAGAUCGUCAUUUUCAGAUGAUAUAUGUAUGCAACCUUGUAAACUCGUUUGUGAGUGACCCAAUUAGUACAGAUACUAUUUGGAAAAAGCUAGGUUCGUUGUAUAACAUGGAAGAGUUGCAUGAUUCUGAAGUUAAUCCGUUUCAAUCAAAGAUGAAGGAAUUCAGCCUCCCAGAAGAGUAUGACUCCCUGAAAUCCUUGAAGUAUCCUCGUGUGACAUCACAGAGUGGCAUAUCUGUUUCUCGAUCUCCACGUACUGAUUCCUUUAGUCAAAAAAGAACAAGGAAAUCUUUGCGUUCAGUUGACUCAAACACAACUCUAGUCUCUUCAACUAACUCACCGGCUACUACAACCGCUGGUUCUGUUACUUCACGAGAAAAAAGACGUUGAUUUCUGUUCCCAUAUUGAAUAUGCGAUUUGUUUUGUAUCACUAACAAAGUGUUUUGCAAUAAAUAUUUGUAUUUGCUUCA